UUCUUUAAAAAAGAAAAAGAAAAAGAAAAAGAAGAAAAAACCCAUCCCCAUUUCUUCAAUCUCUCUCUAAAUUUGAAGAAUUUAAAAUAUGGAGAGCAAGAAGGUCCUGUCGCCUGUUUCUAGAGAUUUCAAUAUCGAUGAUUACAUAGGGAUGGAAAGUUGUGUGGAUUUGAAAGACCACCACAAGAGUACGGCGGAGAUUUCGUCCACCAAGAGGUUAAUGCAGAUCGGAAACAAGAAAAUGAAAGAUGAGAAAGAGUACCCUCCGCCAAUCCCAUUGUUGGUGGUGAUGAAACGGCAGUACACCGGCGACGGGAGGCUGAUACUGACGGAAGAGAAAAUUAAACACCGUGGGUUCUUGCGUGCACAGAGAUCCGAUGGGCGGCUGAUGCUGCAGCUUGUGGCGGUGGAGGUGGGGGAGGAGCGGCGGAGAGAUGCAGGGGGGUUUGUGUUGGGAGUGGCAGUGUGACCUAAUGGAACCCUGAAAGCCGUUGGAGGCUAACCAAAUGCGUCUCUUUCUAACGUUUGCUUAGGGGUGUUUUAGUUUUUAGACCUCAACUUCCUUUCUCCAAUAAAAUAUUUAGCUUCAACUA